CGCCAGCGCCGCCACCCACUGGCCACAGCCCACCUGCUGCCCUCCAGCCCUCCUGCCCCUUCUGCCUGGACCUGCUGUGAGAGGCUCUCUGGGACCUGUCUGCUUGUUCCCUCCAGGCUCGUCCCCGGGCUCUGCCUCCAGCCGAAGCAUGAAUCGCCUCGAGCUGGCCUCCCCAGGUCUGAUCACCAAUUCCUCCCUGGCCACCACAGAGCAAUGUGGCCAGGAGACGCCGCUGGAGAACGUCCUGUUUGCCUCCUUCUACCUCCUGGAUUUCAUCCUGGCUUUUGUGGGCAAUGCCCUGGCCCUGUGGCUUUUCACGCGGGACCACAAGUCGGGCACCCCCGCCAACGUGUUCCUGAUGCACCUGGCCGUGGCCGACCUGUCCUGUGUGCUGGUCCUGCCCACCCGCCUCGUCUACCACUUCUCCGGGAACCACUGGCCAUUUGGGGAAAUCCCGUGCCGACUCACGGGCUUCCUCUUCUACCUCAACAUGUAUGCCAGCAUCUACUUCCUCACCUGCAUCAGUGCUGACCGCUUCCUGGCCAUCGUGCACCCCGUCAAGUCCCUCAAGCUCCGAAGACCCCUCUACGCCCACCUGGCCUGCGCCUUCCUCUGGGUAGUGGUGGCCGUGGCCAUGGCCCCGCUGCUGGUGAGCCCACAGACCGUGCAGACCAACCACACUGUCGUCUGCCUGCAGCUGUACCGGGAGAAGGCCUCCCACCACGCCCUCGUGUCCCUGGCCGUGGCCUUCACCUUCCCGUUUGUCACCACGGUCACCUGCUACCUGCUGAUCAUCCGCAGCCUGCGGCAGGGCCCGCGCGUGGAGAAGCGCCUCAAGAACAAGGCGGUGCGCAUGAUCGCCAUGGUGCUCGCCAUCUUCCUGGUGUGCUUUGUGCCCUACCACGUCCACCGCUCCCUCUACCUGCUGCUCUACCGCGGCAGUGGCACCUCGUGCGCCGCCCAGCGCGUGCUGGCCCUGGGGAACCGCAUCACCUCCGGCCUCACCAGCCUCAACGGGGCGCUCGACCCGGUCAUGUACUUCUUCGUGGCCGAGAAGUUCCGCGACGCCCUGUGCAACCUGCUCUGUGGCAGGAGGCUCUUGGGCCCACCCCCCAGCACUGACGGGAAGACCAACGAGAGCUCGCUGAGCGCCAGGUCAGAGCUGUGAGCGCCUGCCUGCCAGCCGCAGACUGUCUCAGGAGGACCACCCCUGGGGGUCCUCAGGCUUCUCCCAGACUCACAAGGAGAAGUUCACUUCUCCCCAGCCGCCCCCGAGAUGAGGAACUGAAAUCUCAGCAGGUCACCACCCCUCCUCCAAGGUCCAAACUCGUCAUCCAGCACUGCAUUCUGACUUAUCUGAUACGCAAAUCCCUAAAAAGGGAGAACUAACAACAGGGCCCACUCGGCCGCCCCCUCGGCAGAGACUGCACCAGCCCUGCUCACUACGGCUCUAGAUCCUCGGUGCCUUCACCCCAUGGUGAGCAGGAA